AGCAGCCAUUUCAUCUCCACAGAAACCAGACACAAAAACAUGGCAGAAAUGGAGAAAGAAGGGAGACCUCCGGAAAAUAAAAGAAGCAGGAAACCGGCUCACCCAGUGAAAAGGGAGAUCAAUGAGGAAAUGAAGAACUUUGCAGAAAACACCAUGAAUGAACUUCUUGGCUGGUAUGGCUAUGAUAAGGUUGAAUUGAAAGAUGGUGAAGAUAUUGAAUUCAGAAACUAUCCUACAGAUGGAGAGAGCCGGCAGCACAUUUCUGUUCUCAAAGAAAAUUCUUUGCCAAAACCAAAAUUACCUGAGGACAGUGUUAUUUCACCAUACAAUAUAAGCACAGGCUAUUCAGGGCUUGCCACAGGAAAUGGACUCAGUGACUCACCUGCAGGGUCAAAGGAUCAUGGCAAUGUGCCCAUUAUUGUACCUUUAAUUCCUCCACCUUUCAUAAAGCCACCAGCAGAAGAUGAUGUGUCAAAUGUACAAAUAAUGUGUGCCUGGUGCCAGAAAGUGGGAAUCAAGCGCUAUUCCCUGAGUAUGGGAAGUGAGGUGAAAAGCUUCUGCAGCGAGAAGUGCUUUGCGGCCUGCCGACGAGCCUACUUCAAGAGAAAUAAGGCUAGAGAUGAAGAUGGACAUGCUGAAAAUUUUCCCCAGCAGCACUAUGCUAAGGAAACUCCAAGGCUUGCCUUCAAGAAUAACUGCGAACUACUUAUGGGGAAAUUAAAAUUCGGGGAUGUUACGUUCCUUGCCCUGGGAGAGAGGAGGGGAUCUAGUGAGCAGGCGCAGAGCCUAGAUUUGACCCACAUCUCUCUGACCUGUGCUCAGGCCAAGACACACUGCCACCUUCUCAAGGUAUGUGACUGGUGUAAGCACAUAAGACACACAAAAGAAUACCUGGAUUUUGGGGACGGGGAAAGAAGGCUUCAGUUCUGCAGUGCAAAAUGUCUCAAUCAGUACAAAAUGGACAUUUUCUACAAAGAGACACAGGCCAAUCUUCCAGCUGGGCUGUGCAGCACAUUACACCCUCCCAUGGAAAAUAAAGCAGAAGGCACUGGGGUGCAGCUGCUCACUCCAGACUCUUGGAAUAUCCCUCUAACAGAUGCUCGCAGGAAGGCCCCCUCCCCGGCGGCUGCAGCUGGCCAAAGCCAGGGCCCUGGCCCAUCGGUGUCCACCACCGUCUCUCCAUCUGACACUGCCAACUGCUCUGUUACUAAAAUCCCUACGCCAGUGCCCAAGUCCAUGCCCAUUAGCGAGACUCCAAACAUCCCUCCUGUCUCCGUCCAGCCACCUGCUAGCAUCGGGCCUCCCCUCGGCGUCCCGCCUCGCAGCCCUCCCAUGGUGAUGACCAACCGCGGCCCGGUACCGCUGCCCAUCUUCAUGGAACAGCAGAUCAUGCAGCAGAUCCGCCCGCCCUUCAUUCGCGGCCCGCCGCACCACGCCUCCAACCCUAACAGUCCUCUCUCCAACCCCAUGCUCCCCGGCAUCGGGCCCCCGCCCGGCGGCCCCAGGAACCUGGGCCCCACCUCCAGUCCCAUGCACCGGCCCAUGCUGUCGCCCCAUAUCCACCCCCCGAGCACCCCGACCAUGCCCGGGAACCCUCCGGGUCUGCUACCGCCGCCACCUCCGGGCGCGCCCUUGCCGAGUCUCCCCUUCCCGCCAGUGAGCAUGAUGCCAAAUGGCCCGAUGCCCGUGCCCCAGAUGAUGAAUUUCGGGCUGCCGUCGCUCGCCCCGCUGGUGCCGCCCCCCACCUUGCUCGUGCCAUACCCCGUGAUCGUGCCCCUGCCCGUGCCCAUCCCCAUCCCUAUUCCCAUCCCUCACAUCAAUGAUUCCAAGCCCCCCAACGGAUUUUCCAGCAACGGGGAGAACUUCAUUCCGAGCGCCCCCGGCGACUCCUCGGCGGCAGGAGGCAAGCCUGGCGGACACUCCCUGUCCCCCCGGGACUCCAAGCAGGGCUCGUCCAAGUCCGCGGACUCACCGCCCGGCUGCUCCGGCCAGGCCCUGAGCUUGGCGCCCGCGGAGCACGGCCGGAGCGAGGUGGUGGACCUGACGCGGCGCGCCGGCAGCCCCCCGGGCGCGGGCGGCCAGCUCGGCUUCCCCGGCGUGCUGCAGGGCCCGCAGGACGGCGUCAUCGACCUGACCGUGGGCCACCGGGCCCGGCUGCACAACGUGAUCCACCGCGCGCUGCACGCGCACAUCAAGGCGGAGCGCGAGCCGGGCGCCGCGGAGCGCAGGACCUGCGGCGGCUGCAGGGAUGGCCACUGCAGCCCGCCCGCCGCCGGCGACCCGGGCCCUGGAGCGCCCGCGGGCCCCGAGGCCGCCGCGGCCUGCAAUGUCAUUGUGAACGGCACGCGCGGCGGCGCCGCCGAGGGCGCCAAGGGCGCGGAGCCGCCGCCUGAGCAGCCCCAGCCGCCGCCGCCUCCCGCGCCCCCCAAGAAGCUGCUGUCGCCGGAGGAGCCCGCGGUGAGCGAGCUGGAGUCCGUCAAAGAGAACAACUGUGCUUCCAACUGCCACCUGGACGGGGAGGCGGCCAAAAAGCUGAUGGGGGAGGAGGCCCUGGCGGGAGGCGACAAGUCAGACCCGAACCUUAAUAACCCCGCGGACGAGGACCACGCGUAUGCUCUGCGUAUGCUGCCCAAGACGGGCUGCGUGAUCCAGCCUGUGCCAAAACCCGCGGAGAAGACUGCCAUGGCGCCGUGCAUCAUCUCCUCGCCCAUGCUCAGCGCCGGGCCCGAGGACCUGGAGCCUCCGCUCAAAAGGAGGUGCCUCCGAAUUAGAAAUCAGAAUAAGUAAAAGGAACGCUCACUCACAGGGUACCUUGCAUGGAGAGAGGGCGCAGAGCAAACCAUGUCUCGCCAUCCAGUGACACCAGCUGGUCAGCUCACCACCCCCUCUGGCUAAAACUCAAGCAAAUAAAGCCGCUUCCUGUCAUUAAGCAUCUCAGAGGAAGCAGCCCUCCCUCGGUGGCCUCUAGCCCAGAGAAGCCAGCACGUCUUGGACCCACCAAGCGGGCCCAGCCUUCCUGCUGCCACCAUCUCUGCUUCUCUCCAGAGGAACUUAGGGAUUUUGCCCCUGGUUUAAAAGAAAAAACAAAAACAAAAACAAAAAAAAAAAACGACAAAA